AGUUUGACUUAAAGACAAAGUUCAAUGGACUUAUCUCUCACUGCACUCUUGUUAUAAGAAUCUGUCCCCAUUUUUAAUGUGCCUCUGAACAUGGACAAAAUCCAGCACAAGUUCAUCAAUGUACAGGGACUCAACCUUCACAUUGCCGACACCGGAACAGGUCCUAACGUGGUGGUGUUCUUGCACGGUUUCCCUGAGAUAUGGUACACGUGGCGCCAUCAGAUGGUGGCUGCUGCAAAUGCUGGCUUCAGGGCUAUUGCUCCUGAUUAUAGAGGCUACGGCUUAUCAGACCCACCAUCUCAACCUGAAAAGGCCACCUUUAAAGACAUCAUAAACGAUCUCCUUGCAAUUUUAGACCACCUCGGAAUUUCCAAGGUUUUUCUUGUUGCAAAAGAUUUUGGAGCCCGGCCGGCCUAUCAGUUUGCCCUUCUCCAUCCAGAGAGGGUUCGAGGAGUUGUAACAAUGGGAGUGCCAUUUAUGCCUCCAGGUCCCUCUCGAUUCCGCGAUACUCUUCCUGAAGGCUUCUAUAUAGCAAGAUGGCAGGAACCUGGACGAGCAGAAGCUGAUUUUGGCCGACUUGAUGCAAAGACGGUAGUAAGGAACAUCUACAUACUCUUCUCUAGAAGUGAAAUACCAAUAGCUGCCGAAAACCAAGAGAUCAUGGAUUUGGUCGAUGCUUCUACUCCUCUUCCACCUUGGUUUACAGAGGAAGAUCUUGCAGAAUAUGGAACUUUGUAUGAAAAAUCCGGAUUUCAAACCGCAUUGCAAGUUCCUUAUAGGAGUUUUCAGGAAGAUAAUGGUGUAGCAGAAAAUAUAGUUAAAGUUCCAGCUCUACUGAUCAUGGGUGACCAAGAUUACGUCUUUAAAUUUCCGGGGAUGGAGGACUAUAUAAGAAGCGGAAAGGUGAAACAAUUUGUCCCAGAUUUGGAGAUCGUAUAUUUGCCAGAGGGGACCCAUUUUGUUCAUGAACAAUUGCCUGAACAGGUGAAUCAGCUAAUCCUCACCUUCCUCAACAAAUAUGUAUGAGUUACAAGGCUUCCUUGAAGAAUGUAAGGUCCUUGAAAUAGAUAUGAAUGUCGCUUGAAUAAUGUGUUUGAGAAAGUUACUUAUGUACUUGCCUUCUGUGUGGCUUGUAAUAUAUCUUUUUACACACCUGAACUGCACUAUUAAUAAAUUCAAGGAAAGCCUCAUAUGAUCA